CAUCCGAGGCAAUAUAAAUAUUAUAGGAAGGGCCGAAAAGCGCACAUACAGACGCAAAGAACUGACAACGACACACAUAUCAAACAUGCUGGCAAGUGUCUCAUCGUGUUUGCUCUCCUGGCUGCUCUUAGCCGCGCUCUCCCCUUAUGUCUGGCGCGUGACCCUGGGGACCCCGCUGAAAGCCGCACAGAAACUGGAUGUGCGCGAAUGUGUGACGCUCUCUAGAGCUCUGCUCACUGACGUAACGCGCGCGCUCACACGCGAUGAGCUAUUCGAAGGAUUCAACUGCACGGAGCAAAGUAUGGCAGUCAAUACUGCACUGUCUGCUUGCGAGCCAAGCGCAGGGCAGGAUGGUGGAUGCUCCAGCACUCAAAACAUCAGGUUUGAUAAGGACGAAUGCCUGAGGAACAUUAAGGUGGAUUUGGAAUACCACCGGGACAAACUGCGUGCUUACCAGAGGAAGGAGCUGGAGGCCACUGUGCUCACGGCUAUCCGGAACCUUCUGGAGAAGUGUGACUUCCCCUCUGGUUCCUGGCCCUCCUCAGCAGUAACGACUCCCAGCAGCCCUCAGCUCUCCCGGAGCAGCUUUGACUUCGACGCGCGACUGAGUCUCUGCAGAGAGCUGAAGGGCUUCCAGGUUCGCUCCGUCACCAUCAACAGGAUCAUGGGAUACAUGGCAGCUUAAUGCCAGGAGCAUGGAGCCUUCCUCCCGCACAUCAUCCUCAUCCUCUCUACAGCAGCCUUGUGUCCGGGGGCAGCCAUGCAGGCACUACGCAGUGUGCAGUGAUGCGCUCGUAUCAACCUCUGCUCUGUUUACACAUUACUGUAAGUCAGAUCUGAAAGCUACUGUGUACAUUUCCAUGAGAAACUACCACACAUAAGCUAGGGUAAUGAGAUGUUCAGACACGUAUUUAAGUUAAUUUGUGUAACGUUUUUAUUAUUUAUUUAAUUUAUUUAUGUAUUUAUUUAUUUAUUCAUUUAAAUGUAUUUAUUUAUUUGUAAUUGUGCCUGGCAAGUAAAAUAAUAUUUUCGGAAACUAGAGGAAGCCGGGGUUAGCAUCAGCUAAUUAUUGGUUAAUAAUUGUAUUUAUUUAACAUUUAUUUAAUAAUUGUAUUUAUUUAACUGUCAAUUAAUAAUGGAACAAUGAAUUGUUUGAAAAUACAGUUUGAAAAUAAAUGAUGUUUGCAAGUAUAAGCGCGUUUUUUAGUGGUACUUCAAGCCAUUGGAAUGAACAGAGUUUGAUGUUCAGAGAGCACUCAGACCUGCACAGGGAGGUGU